AUGGGGGAGAACGCCUCGGGUAGCCGCUCAGCGCAAGGCCAUCCGGGGAAUUUAAAUUCACCGCUGCGAAUCUAUACGCGGGCCAACAGCAACGAGCACACGGAAGAGGACUUGUCGCCACAGCCAGGCGAUGCAGCAAACGUGCUUCUGAGCAGUGCAUUUUCGCAGCCCUACGAAGAGGAGUCCAGCGAAUCGCAAUCGGGCGGCGGCAGUGGGUCUCAGACCACUGGGAGGGCUGCCAGAGUCGCGCCGCGUGUGGGCCGCCCCGGUGCGCACUACCACCCGCUGCCCAGCCAUUGGCGCGAGCCAGAGUCAGGCUCCAGCGGCGUGGGCUCGCCGGUCACGCCAGAUAAUGCCCUGGGAGACGAUUUUUCUGGGAACCCUGGCCUCGGGCUGCCGCGGUCCUACAACAGCCCUCGUGAGUACCAGCAGGCCAAGGCCAAGGCGAUGGGCCAGAGCCCAGUCAUGAGCCCGCGCAUCCAGGUGGGCGCCCUGAGAGAGGCAUUUGGAUCGACGUCAAGUCUAGAGUGGACGAACGAUCGGCCUGGCUCCAAUUACUCGUUACAGAGUACAGACCAACCAGGUCCUGGCUACCUGAGUGAAGCGCAGGCGGAGUCUCCACUGGACAUUCCCCCGCACGGCGGUCGCUUCCUGCCCUCGCUGAGCUCCAUGGCCGCCCGCCCGGGGGCUGUGCGCAGCGCGCUGGUUGUCCACAAUGGCUCAAGCAGGCAUCAUCCGUCGGCAUCGACAUCGUCGUCGCACUAUUCAUACAGCGUGAGUUCGCCACCCAUUCGCGGCAACGGCGCUACUGCCCAAUUUUCCAGUCCCAAGGACCCCUCCAACUUGUCAGCGGUGUUUGCUACUGCCUCCUCGCCUCCACCGAAUGUCUCUAUCGAGACAUCUACUGGGCAGUCGGAGGAUAUUGUGCGCAAGUACCUCGGCCUUCAAAGGCGCACUGCUAGCAGUAGCGGUCCCAUACAAUUGGUCGAGUCUUCGCUGCGCCAGCAGCCGCCGCACCACCAGCAAUCGGGCGCGGCUUCCCUAGUAGCCUCCGCGCAAAACCUGCCCAGCCUGUCUCCUCCAGGCCCGAAUGCGACCGCCAGCUCUGCGGACGCUGAGGAUGAGUCUUCGGGCAGCAUUGUUUUCCGGCGCGCGGUCUCAUCGGGUGAUCUGCCGAGCCUCGAAGAGCUGCACGGCAACAUGCAGAACAGCUCGGGCAGUGGCUAUGCAGACAACCGUAGCUUUUUGACACCUGACCUGGUCGAGUCGCCGCUGGAAGCCUUGGUCAGGCGUUUGACUAUCGAGCUGUUCCAGCUCUAUGUCAGCGAGGACCGUAAAACGUCCAAGAAAACUGCACCUCAAACGCAGCCAAGCGCAGGGCCACCAUACGGCCAGAGUCAGCAGCAGCAGCAGCCCCAUCAGGAGAAUUUCAGAGCUCAGGAACACGUUCGCAGUGGUCAGCAGCAGCAACAGACGGCAGACGAGUAUGAGGGGUUUGACAAUGUCGACGAUAGCACUCGAAACGAGUAUGUGCAGCAAUUCCGCCUUGGCCCCAGCCUGCAGUCGGGCUCGACUACGCCUGCAGUGACAAUGGAUGGCUACUUUGUUCCCCAAAAGGUGGAGGACACCGCCCCGACUGCCGAUACGAGCGAGGUUCGCCCGCGGCCGCGUCAUCGUCUGGUGCAGCGCACGUGGAUGGAAGAGGCACUUAUCAAGGCGCGGCGGGUAUCGACCAUCGACGAGAACGCAGAAGAGUCCAUCCUUGAGGGCCUGGCCCAGGCUAUUGCUAGGAAGCCGUCACCGAUGCAAGCUCCGAGUAUUCCUGCUGCGUCGUCAGAUGUGCCAAAGUCGCCAUCACCCCCGGGAGGCGGAGAUCUGGCCCAGUUUAUGCCUGGGUCAGGCGCUAGCAACUCUGCCAAUACAGCAGCAGCAGCACCGCUGCCGCGCGUGGCUCACCGCGGCCAGGCAUUGUUGGCAGCAGUUGGUGGCGCGCGGAAUGUUGCGCACCGCCAGGCCAGCAACGAGGGCAUGUGGGCGCGCGGUCGGAUCGACCUGGCCAUGCUCAGCGAGGAACCGUUGGAGAUUCUGGCCAACGAGCGCCCCGAGGGAAUUCCUGGCGCACUCCCCGACAGGUCCCACGCAGUAUCGCCUCGAGGCUACUACCGCGCGCGAGAUCCUGCCGCCCCCAACCGCAAGCUGCCCGCCGAGCGGCAAAUCAGGGACCAGGUGCUGUCAAGCAGCAUUUCGCCGGCGCGCGCCUCGCUACUUCGUGCGGUCGGACGUCGCCAGAGCGUGCGUCUGCAGCCUGGCAAGGGCCAGAUUGUUGUCGCUGACAUGGAAAUGGGAACGCGCACGACUUCGGUCGAUGAUGGCAAUGCCGGCAUUUCAGUGCCUGCGGCUAUGGGGCCUGAUUCGAUGACCCGGGCCAAGCGCGCAACGUCGCUCCCCGAGCGCAUGCAGGUACCGGAGACCAAGGAGGUGUCCUACCGCGAUCUGCAGCUCAAGGCGGCCCGACCGGUGGAACUUAAGAGAGCGCGCAAGUCGCGGGCGCGCAUGGUGCACCGUGCUGAGCGCAUGAUGCUUGGGGGCUCGAAAUCCGGCAACGCGCGCAGCGAUGAUACGCACGAGUCCCUUGCGAGUCACUCGCACAACAGGACUGGCAGCCGCCCGGACAUUGACCAGCAGCUCAUCAAGGUUGAACUCCCACCUCCUGUGCCACUGCGUGUGCGCCGUGAGCAGGUUAGAAUUGUGCCCGAGCCGCUGAUAAUUGUGCGGCAGCUGGCCAAACACCAGCAGAGCAUUGGGCGGCCAACUCAACAAGUGCUAUUGCGGCAGUCGCUUCAGGGCAGAGCAGAGGGUGCAGGCAUGGGCUUGGAUGAGCAGAAGCUCCUACGGGUGCACAACCAGCUGCUGGGCGCGCAAGCGGUGCUUUCACGGCAUAACAGCCUGAUGCGCAACGCGGUGUCGUCAAAGCCGGGAAGCGGUCGUAGCACGCCGGGUGGCGGCAGCGCGACUGCCGCUGGUAAGGAGCUGUCGUUGAAGGCAUCAGUCCAGGCUAUGGUGGUCCCCCCGCUAGUGCAAAACACCGUGCGCAAGGAGGCACUCGAGAUUGUCAUGCUGGACAAUGCAUUGGACGACCGCAUGGAGGACACAGAGAAGCAGCUGAUCGAGGAGGCCAAGAUACGUCGUCGCCGUGAUCGGCGCGAGAACGUUCAGGACAAUGUCGCAGAUACUGAGGACAGCGAGGCCGGUCUGGUCAAGCCAUGGCGCAAUGCGCGGCGGCGCUCGACGCUGCGCAAGAAAGAGCGGCCCCAGCAAAAUCAACAGCAGCAGCAGCAUACUUCGCAACCGCAGUCCACCACCGCCGUUUCUGCUACUUCGACUGCAAGCGAGCCCACACUUCCCAGAAGCGUUCUGCCGCGCGGCCGCCGUUUACUACUUCACGGUCCGGCCUUCCGCAUUUACUCCGGGAUAAGAGCGCGGCCAGACACAUAUCUGUUCCUCUUCACCGACAUGAUGGUCGUCACAACGCGAUUCAGCCCGGCAUCCUCAUUUGUCGGCGUCGACCAGAUGUCCAUGGCAUUCAUGGCACCGCCGUCCUCAGAUCCAAGCAGCAUCCCUGCUGACUCUCGCUUCAAGUUCCACAUUGCAAUCCCGCUAGCUCGAAUCACAACCGCGCUCAAAACCAUGCGUGAAGGUGGCUCCAAGCGCCCAGAACACGUCGGAGGCCGUGGUCUACCUGAUCAACCGCGACAUUAUCGAUCCGGUUCCCGACACAGUGGCCGGCUUCUUGUACCGCUGCACCGCACUCAGCCGCCGCCAGCUCGGCAGCUUUCUGGGAACGGAAUUCUGGGCGAGAACUUGCACGAAAACCCGACAACCGAUGAGAUCGAGCAAGAGAAGCUGUUCCACCGCCAGAUCUGGAUAUCCUUCCUCGACCGCUGCAACAUUGUCGGCGUGCCCAUCGACGAGGCGCUACGCUCGGUGAUGUUCUAUGUUCGGCUGCCUAACAACCAGCUAUCAAUCAGUGUGCUCCUCGAGAUUGCAGCGCUGCAGUGGUUUGCAAAGAAUAUUGAACACGGCCAGUCGGGCAAAGUGUACGUUCCAGACUCACAGGACAUGGCGAUCAAGCUGGCGUUUGCGAUCAUAACGCUCAACACCGGGCUGCACAACCCUCUGCUGCGGGGCGAGACCCAGCCUGAGGUGGCCUAUCGCGACCUGCUCCUCAAAUUCCGCGCGUCAGUCGUGGACGACCCCGCGGUUGCCGGCAAGCGCAAGGGCAAUGUCCUGCGGAAGCGCGACCAGCCACGGGUGGUCACCAUCAUGGAGGUGCCGACUGAGCGCCUCAAAGCCAUCUACGAGCGCGUGGCAGCCAACCGCCUGGUGACGUGCUCCGACGCGCGCCCGUCGGCGCCCGAGUUUGACGUGGACUGGAUCCGUGACGCCGGAGACAUCAACGCUCUGCCGCUGACCGACGAUCAAGUUGAGCAGGAGAUCGAGGAGAUCUACUGCGAUCCCGGGUUCCGCGACGGCGUGCUCUUCAACGCCUCGAGCGACCGGCUGCCCGCAAAGUUUAAUAUCGAGCCGCCCGCGUGGCUGCGAGUCACCAUCCGCAUCCCCGAGCCUGACUCCAAGCUGUCGAUCCGCAUUCGCGUGCGGAGCAUGCCGGCCGAUCCGGCGCCUUCGGCGGCCGGUGCCGGACAAUCCGAACUCAGCUGGAAGCGCAGUGACGAACAGGGCAACCGGGCGCGGCACAUGUUUGGCAUGGACUCUCAGCCGACAAAGUCCCGAUGGGUGCACUGUCUGGAAGCGGCGCUGAACAGCUCUUCCGACGUCACGCAGGAUGAAAUUCUGAGUCGCGUGGACAACGCCACCCGCUCGCUGACAGCUCUUGCGCCGCAGCCGCCCAUUGCUGGAUCUGAGCAGCUAAAGCCCCCUGGCGACAAGGCGGAUGGCGCAACGCUUGGUCGCGGGACAGUCACCGCUGUGACAGGCAUCUCUGCAGACCAGUCUAUUUCUCCUCUACAGCUACUCGAUGCACUUCAUCACUUGUGA